AUGAAGUACCUUUUUUAUGUUUACAGACUGCCUCAAAAUGAACAAAAGAAAGAAAUUUGGUUAGAGGUCAUUGGCAAGGAAAAUAUAAGAUUAGAUAUAAAACAAAUUUUAAUAUGUUCUUUACAUUUUCAUGAAAGCUCAUUUAAUAGGACACUGGAUGUUAGUCGAUUAAAAGAUGACGCAGUACCUGCUCUGUUUUUACAGCAACCUUUAACCGCACAUCAAGCUGCUCCUAAAGUAAAAGAUCAUAAUGUUGAGUCAUGUAGUGAACAAAACCUUGAAUUGGUUAAAGCAGUUAAGAAAUUAAACAGAUUGCAAGAAAAAGUUAAUGAUUACAAAAAGAAAAUAAAAUGCUUGAAUGAAACUGUUCGUCGGCAAAAAAAUAAAAUAACAACAUUAAAAGAAGUCAUCAAGGAACUCAAAGAAAAAGAACUGAUGACACAUGAAAAUUGUUUGCUUCUAGAACAGUGCGCUGGGCCAAAAGACCUACUACUAAGACAGAUUAGUAAAGCCAAAGGCUUGUUAAAAAGUUAA